AUGCAGCUAAAAGCAAGGCAAGGGAUAAGAAACAUAACGCUAGGAGACGUUGACGUAAAGAGCACGACAACUCAGGAGAGUGUCCCACGCGACGGGAAGACAAUAGGAGAGGUCGUAGUCAAAGGCAACAGUGUAAUGAAAGGCUAUCUAAAGAACCCUAAAGCAACAUCCGAAGCGUUUAAACACGGUUGGUUCAACACAGGAGAUAUAGGUGUGAUUCAUCCUGAUGGGCACUUAGAGAUCAAAGACCGAUCCAAAGACAUUAUCAUCUCGGGAGGUGAGAACAUCAGCAGUAUUGAGGUCGAGAAAGUCCUUUACGAGAAUCAAAAAGUGCUCGAGGCUGCUGUGGUGGCCAUGCCUCAUCCUCUUUGGGGUGAAACUCCGUGUGCGUUUAUUGUUUUAAAAGUUGUUGAGACUAUUAGACAAGGACACCGUGAAGAGGGGGAACUCGUGACGAGCGAAAGAGAUUUGAUUGAGUAUUGUCGUGAUAAUAUGCCACAUUUUAUGUGUCCAAGGAAGGUUGUGUUCCUUCAAGAGCUGCCAAAGAACAGUAACGGGAAGAUCAUCAAGUCUAAACUGAGAGACAUCGCUAAGGCUUUUGUAGUCGAUGAGGACGGUGUCGGUUCCAAGAAAGUACAACGACGUGGUGUUGAUCAUGUUACUUCUAGGCUUUAA